AUGUUUAAUUAUUUGAAUGAAGGUUGUUUAGAGUAAAUUGAUGAUAAAUGUCUAAUUUGUUAAGAAGGUUGGAUUUAAGAUGAAUUUUUAGAACAUUGUUAUCCAAUUUGUGGUGAUGGAAUCAUUCAAGGUUAAGAAUAAUGUGAUCAUGGUAAUCUAAUAUCAAAUCAUUCUUGUUAUUUAUGCUAAUAUUCAUGUAUACAAUUUUGUUUAAUUUGUUAAUUUGGAAUUUGUUUAUAAUGUUAACAUGGAUUUGUAUUUUCUUAAAACAGGUAAAAUUGUAUAUUUGUAUGUGAUGGUAUCAUUUAAGAAAUCGAAACAUGCUAGAAUUAAAAUAAUAUUCAAUUUAAUGUAAGUAAUAAAUUUUAAUAAAAUUGUGAUUUAAGAUGUUAGCUUUGCAUUAAUUAAAUAUGUUUCCUUUGUGAUAUUGGAUGGGAACUUAGAGAUAACCAAUGUUAUUCAUUUUGUGGAGAUGGAUUAAUUGCUUUGCAUUCAAUUGAAUAAUGUGACGAUGGAAAUUAAAUUGAAAAUGAUGGAUGUUUUGGCUGCCAACUUGAAUGCAUUACUAAUUGCCUUUCAUGUUUAGAUAACGAAGUUUGUUUCAUGUGUUAAGAAAACUUUUAAUUAGAAGGAUAAUUAUGCUUACCAAUAUGUGGUGAUGGCAUUAUUAUUAGUGGAUUUGAAGAUUGUGAUGAUGGAAAUAUUGAACCUAAUGACGGAUGCUAUUAGUGCAAAUUUGAAUGUUCAUAAGGUUGUCUUAAUUGUAAAAAUGAAUAAGUUUGUAAAGAAUGUAAUAGUUCAUAUAUCUUAAAUAAUCAAACGGCAAUAUGUUAAGAGAUCAAAUAAUUAGAUUAUUAGAAUCAAGGUUUAAACGAAAAUCCAAAUGAAUUUGAGGAUACCUUGAAUAUAGUAUGCAGCAAAAAUUUCAUUUUAAUAGAUAAUGAAUGUGUUAAUUAAUGUGGAAAUGGAAUGCUUAAUAAUAAAUAUGAACAAUGUGAUGACGGAAACUUAAUUGGAGGAGAUGGAUGUUCUUUUUUUUGUAUUGAAGAAGAUACUUUUAAAUGUCAAAAUCAUUAAGAUAGUAUGAGCAUAUGUUCUUUCAUUAAACCUCCUGACUUCAUGUUAUAUCGUCUCUCUAGCUAAAAAAAUCAAACUUAAACGAUUGAAUUAAGAUUCACAUAAAAGGUCAAAUUAUUAGCUGAUUUAAGCUUUGAAGAAAUUGCAGUAAUCAAUCUUAUUCCACAAUCCCAUGAAAUUAUUAAUAUAAAGCCGAUUGUCAAGCUAUCAACGACAUUUGAUAAUCCAAUAUAUUAAAUUUUUGUUGAAUUCUUAGAACCUGUAAAGGAUCCUGUCCUUUAGAUUAAUUUCAAUCAAUUAAUUAUUAAAAAUGAACAUGAUUUAGAUUUGAUGAGAAAUUAGAUGCAAAUCAAUUUUGGUAACCCUUUUGUGUUAUCUGAGACUACCUAAAAAAAAGUGACAUAAAUUGUACUUCUUAAUGA